ACCUGUGAACGAUCACUUAACAGGGUAUGCUCAGCGUCUUGAUUCCGCAUUUUUGGAAUUAUGCCAUGGUUAUUAUCAGCAAAUGGCUAGAGUAAUUCGAUCUCAUAAGGACCAGUUAACAACAGCACAUCAGGGUUUGAAAACCAGACAUCAGUUUAAAUUGGGUGUUCUGUCAGAAUUGCGACAAGAUCCGAAUAUUGCACAUAAGCAUUAUACACAAGCAUACUUAGCACUUGAUGAAAUACGAAUAAUAGACAAUAAUUGUUUAGAAAUUAAAACUGUGGCUGGAUACAUAAAUUAUAAAUUAUGUCGUACUAUGUUUCAACUUAAUUUACCUAGAGAUGCUAUUAGUCAAUUUAAAUCACACAUUGAGAGAUACAAAACACGCAUUGGUUGCAGGGAAUUGGAGUUUGAGCAUUAUUCUUGGUUGAGCGCACAAUAUUUUGCAUUUGCUGAACUGUUUAAUGAAGCUGUAGAUAAAGGUUUACCAGCAAUACAAACACAACAUCCAGGAUAUUAUUAUCAAGACGCUGCACGACAUAGUAUUUUGAGAAGAAAAUCAAUUGCAAUAUUAGCUCCCAACAUAUCAAAAGAGUUGCAG